AUGCAAACUUCCGUUAGAUCAGAGGCUCUCCGGCCUGUGGACAUCAAUUCUCUUUCGGAUGAGUCUGUACAUGUCAGUAGAGAGGUAUCGGUUGUCUCGAGUCGGGUCCCUACACCAAACAUCAUCCCCGCCGUUAUCGACGAACAUGUCCCUGCCGAAUUUGCACCAGGGAUCACAUCCGUCACGGCUCAAGGGCCCCAGUUGAAUCGGUGGAACUCGAGAAUAUCUGAUAGAUCAUGGAGGAAUUCGAGGAGGACUAGCUUGCAGGCACCUCGAAUCCCACAGGAUACGGGCAUGCUCCACAGUAAUCGGGAGAGCAUGAGAGCUCUGUCAGACUUUUUGAUGACUAGAGAGCCCCCACCAAGCAAUUUCAUGAGUAUUCCUUCCGACGAUGAAGAAAACCUCUCUCCAUUAAAGAAAACUGCUUUUAAGCUGUUUGGGAAGCAGAAGAGAUUGUCCAAACCUCCACGGCUUAUGCAGCUUCCUGAUAGCGCUGUAGCUGCUCAAACUCGAAGUGGAGCCCGGCAUAUUGCAAUUUCAAUCCCAAUGGAGCACGAUCGUUUGAAAACACCGCCUCCUGUCAAUCAACCAAAUCCACUUCGGUCUCAUCCGCCGACGAAAAUGGAGAGAGGGGCUGUUACUGUCCUCAAGUCUGUUGCUGAAGUUCGAGAGUCUGCAUCGACAAAUCUCAGACCUGAGACAAGAAGUCGAGAUGGGACAGGAGACAGUGGAAGUCGCCCCCAGAGUGCAGGGACACGUUUGCAGGGAGAAAAGGGCGGAAUUGAUGCGACUCGGAUCAUGAGUGCAUAUCAUCCGGACUCAGUAUCCACUGUAAGACAACCGAGAGUGGAACCAUUACCAGCGAAGUACGACCAGCGGCCGCAGAAGAGCUACAUUGCAGUAUCUCCCACACAUCAACAAGACAGUCAGCGAGCAGAUCUUCGCCAUUCAGGUGGCACCAUCUACAGCCAACUGUCUUUUGCCAGUACUGGUAUGGGUCAUUCGCGGAACAUCAGCAGUGUUUCCACAGCACCAAGUGCGACAAUGAUCAGUGGGCUAAAGUUGGAUCUCCCUCCACGUACAUCUAGCAUAUCCAAAGUCCCCAAAGCUAUUCAGGAAGAACUUGUAAUUGCUUCAAUGCUAGCAAAUGAGAAAGUGGCAGGUAAUACGACAGUUUCGCCCAGGAAGUCCGCGGAGAGUGAGGGUACAUCGCCUUCCCCACCAACUGUGUACGGAAUUGCGGUACGGGGAUAUAAUGCUUCCCCGGUUGGUCGUCCUCACGUUGUAACUCAGCGAUCACAUCAUUCGAAUCCCCGAGGCGCGCACGAGGAGCCUGUUCCUCGACCAUCGACUGCGCCUCCUCUAAGAACACAGAACCUAACGGUACCUCGAAAUAAGGACACAGCUAAGCGAACUGCAUCAAAUCGGGCUGCUGGAGCGACGGAGCCAAUUGUAGUUACACGCCAAAGUCGACAGGAGAAAGUCAGGGCCAGAAAGCUCCGCGAUCUGGAAAACAUUCGAUCACGUUCGAGUCCUCGUCGGCCAUUAUCAGAGGCAAGAGGCACGAGCAUCAGUCAGAAUCCAACGCAUGUUGUAGCACCUCCACGAAAUCCUAAGCGAGGCGCGAACGCAGACGGACAUCGAAGAAGGGCAACCAUCAACACACUAUCACCAAUCAUGCUAGUGGCAAAUCUCCCACCAUACACAGGCCACGUUACUAAGGCAGAUCUCCCACUUCAGCGAUCUUCCAGACGAUCUAAAUCCGUAGCAGCCAAUUCCCCAGAGUCAACAGCCAGGAGUACCCAUACCCCUCCGCGCUCAAUAACCUCAUCCUUCGGCUCCGAAACUGAUGCUGACAACGAGAACGAUAACGACAACACCCUUCCCACCUCCUCCAGCAGCAAGAGGAAAAGUAAAUCCAGGCGGCGGUCGCCUACACAGUCCCUUCGCAGCAGCGUCCUCGAAACUCGCCGCCAAGAGCGCCGCGCAAAGCGUAACAUGAGUCUUCGCGAGAAAGAAAUGGAUGCGCGAAUGUCGAAGAUCGAAAACGACAAUAUGAUGUUACUACAGACGCUCGGUGGCAUUGCGAGGAGUUUCGGGGAGAUCCAUCGGAUUGGGAAGGAGACGAGACGGGAUAAGAGGGCUGCGGCGAGACUUUUAGACGAGGAGUGGAAGCCUAGUGAUGAUGAGAAGAAGAGGAGGGGGGAACUGGAGAGGAUGGAGCCUGUUAUGAGAGAGAUGCAGGUUUUGGCGCCGAGGGUUAGUAUGGAAAUUCAUAAGGUCAAGAAGGAGGGAGUGGAAGCGGAUGAGGAUUCGGAUGAUGCUAUGAGUAUUUUGGGGUGA